AUGUCCGGCUUAGUCCAUUGCCAAAAGAGCAGCAAAAAGCCUUGUCCAUCGGAAUGUCCUCUACUACCACAAGUUCCACGUGGCAAUUACUUGCAUUUACUUGAAGAGAAGCAAAGACUACACCUGAAGAAAUUCCUUAUUCAUAGGAUGUUUGUAGUGGCGGAGAUAGCAGCAAACACAGAAAAAAAAGUUGUAUCUGAUUACUUUGAACAAAUAUUUCAGCUAAUUUCAAAACGUCGCCUAGGAGAAUUAGUGACAGGAAUAUUGCUCCUAUAUCCUAGUUCUAUUCUGCAUAUCCUUGAGACGUCCAGUGGUACAUUUUACCGAAUUCUUUUAGAGUAUCUUAAACAUAAGAAGAAGGAAGACAAUUUUUUUAUCCAAAGAAUGAAAAUUAUAGUAGUAUCUCAUAACAUCCCGACAAGGUUCUUCAUGCAAUGGCACAUUUCAGUAAUAAAUGCGCCAGUCAUGUAUCUUGAUGAUGUGACACAAUCACAGUCCCUUGAGGAGGUGAUGACAGAGUUUCUCACCCAAACUCAUAAACUGGCACUUUAUCUUUUUAAGACUGUUAAAGUGGGCACUAAAGGGCCAGGAGAUAACUUGCACCAACUUAUACCUGAAUUAAUUCUCCCAGAACAAAUAAUAAAGUACCUGUGCAAAUAUGAGGAAUUCAUGGAUCCAGAAACUUUCAUAAACAUGUAUAAUAAGCCUACACAUGUCACACUGGAUUCUGAGGUUGUAUGGCCCGCUCCUUCCCGUUUUUAG